UACACUUUUCGGCUAAAAACCGGUUUUUAUAUUUCUUAUUUAAGAGACGGUUCUUAGCUUUUCUUACUUAAAAAUUAAGAAACGGUUCUUAGCCGAAGCUAAGAACCCCAUCCUAAGAACCCGGGUUAAUCAUGGUCUAAAGAACUGGUUCAGCCUACAGCGAAACUCGGAGCCGGAAACGUGGAAUCACUCUCAUGUUUUGAUUGCUAGAAGAACAUACGUCGCAAUAGGAGGUUUCAAAUCACAAUACUAAAAGGGGGAUAAUCUCCAAUUCUAGCAUGUCCACGCCAGCAUAAAUAAUCCUCCAAUCAGAACAUUUCGUUUUCGGGCUGGGCGUAAAUUUUUUUCUGAAUUGACUUAUGCGUGUGGGCUUCUUUUGAUUUGGGAUUGGGCUUUUAGAUCAUCUAAUAAUUAGACCUAGGUCUACGACGCGGAGCUGAAGUCGCGUGUCUCUUCUCGCCUCCUCUACCACUUCGUCUUCUCUCUUCUCCUCUGCCACUUCGGCUUCUCCCCCUAAACCAUUUCGACUGAGUUUUAAUCGAUCCAUCAAUACUCCUUCUUUAUGGUUUCGUUUCAGCUCCUUUUUUUCCUCCUUCUUUAUAUACCCAGAAGCUUAUAAUUUUCUGAUGUCGCGGAGUUAGCUGAUGUCGUUAAGCAUUUCUCUACUGAGUAUGGCAAAGAUUUUGUUUCAGCUGCUGUUGGGUUGCAGUCAGAUUCUAGUGUGAGCCGCUUGGUGACUUUUGGUUGUUUGUGUUGUUGUUUUCCUUUCUCUGAUGUUCGUAGGAGAGAGGCAUCAUUCUUGAUGAUGAUGAUGAUGAUGAUGAUGAUAAUUUCUCUCUCUAUGUAUGCUUAGUUGGUGGAUAAACUGUCGGUUAAAGCUCCUGAUAGUCCAACGAAGAACAAAAUUUUGAAAGAGAUUGCUACGGAGCAUAAUGUAACAUGGGAACCAGAAUCUUUGGUUGUGCCAGAUCCAAAGGAGACUGUAUUGAUGGUCAGUAACUACAUCUUCAUUUCAUAGCCUAAGCUUCACCGGUCUGUUUCUUUAGUAUAAGUUUCCUCAAUGGCAUUUUCAAUUUCUUUGAGCAGAGUGGAGCAAGUUCCUCUCAGUCCGUGAGUGGAAUAAACUCAUAUUCUUCAAGAAUCCAAACAAUCAACCUCCAGAGUUUCAAGCUCCAUCUACUGCUAACGUGGAGCAGAACUUAUAUGAAACUAGCGGAAUAUCUUCCAGCCGCACUGCUUCUACUGAUCACUAUCGUCAAGAUCCAAGACCUUCUGGUUAGUUUUUUUUCGUAAAAAAAACUUUUUGUUUAAUGUUUGUUCUAUAUAUGUUGAAGCGUUAGAUGUAACAAAUCGUUUCUUCUUUUAUACAGGAGAUAAGAAUGGUGGCAGAGAACACAGACCCUCAUCCAGGUUAUGUGGAUUCAUCUCCAUACGAAACAGAAUUUGCUGAUGCUACGACUGCUCCACAUGCAGCUGCUGAAUCUGCUGAAAGAGUGAGUUUUGAUGCACGUGCAGCUGCUGAGCUUUCAAGUAAAGAAAGGAUGAGGAUGACGAUGCAGAGUUCCACAGAGUCGCCGAACUCAUCCUCUUAUGAUAAUAUAAGAAACGAACCUUCACAUAGACAUAGUAGCUCAAAUGUGCAAAACGGAGGUUUUGUUAAAGAAGAAAUGCCAAGAAGCAUUUAUAGGGAAGAAGAAGAUCAAUCUACUACCAGGGCAGAGCUUUCUAAGAAAAAUGUUGAUGAACAAUCAGAAAAUGCUUCAUGGAAGAGAGGUCAUUCUCGAGAUAACUCAUUGGAGAUGAGGCAGAGUGAUUCCUUUGCUAAAGUAGGCAGAGCGAAUCAGCAGCCAAUUAAAGAUGAUGUCAACGAUAGCUGUUCGGAAGAUGUUCAGCUAAAAGAAACAGUCAAGCUUGGCUUCAUCGAGUUCACACACAAGCUAUGUUUCUGAUGACAAUAACAUCAUCUUUGAGGAUAAACGAUUUCAGAGCACUGCUGAAGAUACAAAGAGAAAAAGUCAUGGUCAUGAUGCUGCUCCAGUCAUGGUCACGGCUGAUAAAAGUAUAUUAUCAGUUUUUGUUUUAUGUUGCCUUAGUAGAUUAUUUAUGGAUUGGGUUUGAAUUUAUGAACCUUUAUAAAUAUUUUAUAAAUGAUUUUAAACAUUUUAAAUGAUUUAUAAUGUCAGUUUUAGUUUUUGGAAAUUUAAAGUAUUUAUGAAAAUGGUUAUCUCUUAAAGGUAAAUUUAAAUAAUGAUAUCAAAUUUGGGGUAAAAGCUAAAAUUAAAAUUCUCUCGGAAAUCAUAACAUACAUCUGUUUCUCCAAAAAUUCUAAAAAAGGAUGUUCAUGUCUAAUUGCAGCUUCUAAUGUUUAUUCCUUCCAUAUAUUUAAAUUUAUUUUUUCAAAAGAAAUUUUGCUUCAUACACUAUUAUGCGUUGUAUUUAAUUAGAAAACAGCUUAUCCAUAAUUGUGUUUCAAUUUACAGAAGUCCAACGCCAAAUAAGACUUAUUUACUAUGAUGUUAUCAAAAUUAUAUUAGAACAAAUUUACAAAAACAACAUCUACGCAUUCUAAGAAAAGUUUUUUUUUUGGUUUACCCUAGAAGGCGUAGGUUCACCAGCCAAUUAUAGCAUGUCAUAUCAUAUUUAUUUUUUUUAGAAAAAGCAAAAUAACAAAAAUUUGCUAAGUUGUAUUGUGUUUUUAAAAUAAAAAAAAAUAAAAAUAAAUUAAAAAAUAGUAUUAGCUGCAAGAAAUGAGUUUUUUUUUUAAACAUUAUUAAUGCUGUCAAUAAAAUUACACUAAAUCCUAAAGUCUAAUCAUUAAACCCUAAACCAUUGGGUAAAUCCUAAACUCUAAAUCCUAAACACUAAACAAUAAAUUCUAAACACUAAAUCCUAAACGCCGUCAUUAAAACUCUAAAUCUUAGCCCUAAACCCUAGGGUUUAGGAUUUACCCAAGGGUUUAGAGUUUACCCAAGGAUUUAGGGUUUACCCAAGAUAAGGGUUUACCCAAGGGUUUAGAAUUUACCCAAAAAUUUAAGGUUUAGAUUUUAGGGUUUAAUGUUUAGGAUUUAGUGUUUAUUGUUUAGAUGACUACGAUAACAAUGGUUAAAAAAAAUUUGUACUAUUUUUUAUUUAUUUUUACUUUUUUAUUUAUUUUAAAAACAUAAUAUAAUUUUGCGAAUUCUUAUUAUUUAGUUUCUUUUUUUGAACUACUGAAUAUGAGCUCGCAGACUUUUAUUGGUCGGUGAGUAAAUAAUUUUUCUAAGAAAUAUCAAAGUACAAAUCAAUAAUUUUUCUAUAUUUAAAUUAUUGGUCACUAAUAAUAGUAUUAUUACAUCACUUCCAAUAAAUAUUAAUAUUAUUUUAUAAUUUAAUAUUUUUAUGAUUUAAUAAUGCAUAGACAAAUUUUAAACGGUUUCAGUUCUAAAACGGUUAUCAAUCAUCGAUUUUAUAAAAUUUACGUAAAACAAUAAUAAUAAAUGCAGGUGCUUUAUUGAACAAAUAUUUUAUUUUCUGAUGUGUUUUACUUAUAUGAAAUUUUGAUCCCUAAAAUAUUUCAAAUCUUAUACAGAAGUAAAGUUUGCCAAACAUAAUAAAAGAAAAGUAAUUCAAACUAUCUUCCUAAUUUUACUGUGAAAGUCAGGUUACUCUUUUUCAUUACAUAUAAUAGAAACUUAUUUGAGAUUAAUAUAAAUAAAAUUUUAAAACGAGAAAUAGAAUUUUAAAACUAAAUUUCCUCAUUUAUACAAAAUAUUUACCAUGAAAGUAAAAAUAAUAAGUUACAAUUGAUCAAAUAAACACAAUUAAUCUUAAAUUAAGAUGAUAAUUUACAUGUGAUAAACUGUGAAAAAAAAUAAAAGUAUAUUAUCCGCGCGUAGCGCGGAAAAAUGAUCUAGUAAUAUUUAGUAAAUGUACUUAAAGUAAUCAAGUAGCUCUACUUGAUGUCAAACGGUUUUUUUUUUUGAAUAAAUUUAAUAUUCAUUCACAACUUCAA